CUGGAGAAUCGCAUUGCGAGAUAGCGCUGCCCACCGUGGCACCGACAGGGCUCGCACUCGAGCAGCACUCUGCGCUCGGUCGGGUCACGCACCCGUGUUCUCGUGGGACGGCGGCGGCACGGGACCACUCGCUCAGCUCAGCCGGCGACACUGUGCCUUGCACAGCCAGCAUGCGCAUCUCGAGCUUAUCUUGCUGCCGCUGCACUGCGCCCCCCCGGCCGUCGACGCGCGAGAGGGAGAGCACCAACCCUCCGAGCCGGGCGGCGUCACUCUCGCUCCCACCCACCUCGCCUCGACCGCUCGAGCCAUGUCGCGCUUGCUGCGACGGCGGUAUCCGCGCAUCGAGCCCGAGGGCGCAGUCGACCACCUCGUGGUCGGAGCCGGCGUCGUGGGACUGGCGAUAGCCGAGCGCCUCGUCAAGGCCUUCCCGACUCGCACCACCUUCUGCGUCGAGCGCCACGGUCAAGUCGGCCAGGAGACGUCGUCACGCAACUCGGAGGUCAUCCACAGCGGCCUGUACUACCCGCCCGACUCGCUCAAGACUGCCCUGUGCAUCCGCGGGCGCGACCUCCUGUACGCGCGCUGCGCCGAGCACGGCAUCGCGUUCAAGAACACGGGCAAGCUCGUCCUCGCGUUGAGCGACGACCAGAUGGGCUACCUGCGUCGCCUGCACGACAAGGCGCGCCGUCUGCGCGCCGACGGCGUCGGCGACGUCCCGCUCGAGUGGCUCGACGGCGACGCCGUGCGCCGCCUCGAGCCCAACGUUGGCGAGCGAGUUGUCGGCGCGCUGUUGAGCCCGAAGACGGGCAUCGUGUCGUCGCACGGGCUCAUGGAGCACCUCGAGAAGGAAAUCAUCGACAGCGAGACGGGCGAGCUCGUUUACGGCACGCAGGUCGUGCGCAUCGACCGGGCUGGGCCGAGCGGCGGCGGCAAGCGCGGCGACGGGUCCGAGGACGGCUGGAUCGUGCAGACUCGGACGGACGACGGCAGUGGGGGAGAGGGGGCGCUCACGGCCGUCCUCGCCAAGUCGGUCAUCAACUCGGCGGGGCUCAACGCGCACCACAUCCUCAACCAGGUCUUGCCCGAGUCGGAACGGCUUCAGCUUCACUUUGCCAAAGGGUCCUACUUCUCGUACCGCGGCCCGGGCGUCGACCAAGUUCAACGCCUGCUGUACCCGUGCCCUGAAGAGAACGCCUCGCUCUCGGGCCUCGGCACGCACCUCACGCUCAACCUCGACGGCGAGGUCCGCUUCGGGCCCGACGUCGAGUGGCUGUCGCCGCCGCUCACCGACGACGGCGAGGACGUGCCCGACUUUUGGGAGAGCCGGCUCGCCGUGUCGGACGAGCGCAUGGAGCUCGCGGUCGAGGAGGUCAAGAAGUUCCUGCCCGGCGUGGACGCGAGCGGGUUUGCGCCAGACUACUCUGGCAUCCGGCCCAAACUCUCGAAGAAGGGCGAGACGGCCGUCGACUUCUCGAUAACGCACCCUCGGCCGGGCCUCAUCUCGCUGCAGGGCAUCGAGUCGCCCGGGCUCACGUCGUCGCUCGCCAUCGCCGAGCGGGUCGAGCAGGUCGUGCGCCAGGAGGUGUGGGGCUUGGGGAGGGGGACGGGCCGAGUGCUGAGCGAGGGAGGGAGGGUGGACGAGUGGGCUUAGACUUAAAGACUGCGUCCGCCUCUUCUGUACAGCUUGUCGUAAUCACUAGAUGUUCGUGUCGCC